UCUCUCUCUGUGUCCCUUGCAUUAAAUAAAAACUCUCUCCCUCUAUUUAUUUUUGAAUCCUUAAUUACCAAACACGAGAAGCUUGUUAAUCUUCCAUUUAGCGGUUCAGAUCCAAAAAUCAACAAUCCUUUAAUGGCUUUUAAUUAAUCUUCUUCUUCAUUGUUCUUUCACUUUCCACAAUCCGUUGCAGUUCACUUAAUUACUUUCUCCGGCACCGGCGCCGAUGAUCACUAAUUCUUAACUCUUUGACAGUUUAUUGGGGAGAUUGAAGAUGCCUCAAGAGAGUAAUCAAAAUCAGAGCAAUUCAUUGUUUAACAGUCCAGUGAAGAAUUUAAGAGGAUUGAAGGGAAAUUUGGGUUAUAAUUCAAGUAGUAAUGAAGUUUCUUACACUGAGGAGAUGUUCAACGAUCGUGAUUUAGCUCAAAGAAAAGCUGAAGAAGCAGCUGCAAGGAGGUACCAGGCGGCGGAAUGGCUAAGGCAGAUGGACUCCGGUGCAUCGGAGGUGCUCCCAAAAGAACCAAGCGAAGAAGAAUUCCGUUGUGCUCUUCGCAAUGGCCUCAUUCUCUGCAAUGUUCUCAACAAAGUCAAUCCUGGUGCUGUUCACAAGGUGGUUGUGAAUUCAGUGGUCGAUAUGUCCUCAGAAUGUGCAGCCCAAUCUGCUAUUCAAUAUUUCGAGAACAUGAGGAAUUUUCUUGUAGCUGUUGGAAAAAUGCAGCUUUUAACAUGCGAAGCAUCUGAUCUUGAAAAGGGUGGUUCAUCAAACAAGGUUGUAGACUGCAUUUUGUGCCUAAAAGGAUAUUAUGAAUGGAAACAAGCUGGAGGAAUUGGAGUUUGGAAGUAUGGGGGAACUGUCAGGAUCACGUCCUGUCCCAAAGGAUCACUGUCCUCGUUUGGUGGUAGUGACAGUGCAGAUGAGUCAGUGGAUGACUCCGAGUCAUCACAAUUCGACCAGCUGUUGGAAUUUCUCCAUUUAUCUGGCGAAGUCUCGCUUGAAGAAUCAAAUGCUUCCAAUAUACUGACGUUCCUCUUUGAUCGCUUUGGCCUUGGGCUUCUACAGGCUUAUCUUAUGGAGAGGGAUGGAGUUGUGGACUUCCCUUUGAAUUCAAUGGUAAUUGAUGCUGUGUUGAGGAAAGUAGUCAAGAACUUCUCUGGAUUGCUGGUUUCUCAAAGCAAUCAGCUCAGACUUUUUCUGAAGAAAAUAUUGGCGGAUGAGUGCAGUCCUUUAUCAAGAUCAGAAGUUCUCGAAGCCAUAUCAAAUUAUUUGCGGCACAGAACUAGUUUGGUCUCCAGUGACUGCAUUUGUGGUGGGAAACGUGAAAACAGCUGGAGUAAUAAUGGUUUCACUGCUGCCAACGAAGAAAUAGUUGAUGUUCAACAAAAGGAGUUAGAGGAACUCAAAAUCUUUUGCAGAGAGACCAAGCUGGAUGUUCAAAAGUAUAAGUCAGGAUGGGAAGAAGAAUUUAGAAGGCUUGUGCACCAUAUUAAGGGCCUUGAGAUGGCCUCCUCUUCUUAUCACAAAGUUUUGGAAGAAAAUCGCUUGCUUUACAAUCAAGUCCAAGACCUAAGAGGGACAAUAAGGGUAUAUUGUAGAGUUAGGCCCUUCCUAUCAGGACAACCUGAUAUGCAGUCCACAGUAGAUUAUAUCGGAGAAAAUGGAGAUAUCAUGAUUGUCAAUCCUCAUAAGCAGGGUAAAGAUGCUAGGAAGAUUUUCACUUUCAACAAGGUCUUUGGAACUAAAGUAACUCAGCAACAAAUAUACGUGGACACUCAGCCGUUGGUUAGGUCCGUCCUUGAUGGUUUUAAUGUUUGUAUCUUUGCGUAUGGACAGACUGGCUCAGGCAAGACAUACACCAUGAGUGGUCCAGACUUGACCACGGAGGAGACAUGGGGUGUAAAUUAUCGUGCUUUGCGUGAUUUAUUCAGCACUACAAAAGAAAGACAGGACAUGAUAGAAUAUGAAGUGGGAGUCCAAAUGAUCGAGAUAUAUAAUGAACAAGUGCGAGAUCUCUUAGUCAUUGACAGAGCUAACAGGCGAUUGGAUAUACGAAAUAAUUCUCAACUGAAUGGCCUCAACGUACCUGAUGCUAGUCUGAUUCCAGUUACAUGCACUCAAGAUGUUGUUGAUUUGAUGAGAAUCGGGCAAAAGAACCGUGCUGUUGGUGCUACUGCUUUAAAUGAGCGGAGCAGCAGGUCUCACAGUAUUCUGACAGUUCAUGUUCGAGGAAAAGAGGUGGUAUCUGGAUCUACAUUAAAGGGCUGCCUUCACCUUGUGGAUUUAGCUGGAAGUGAGAGAGUAGAUAAAUCUGAAGCUGUUGGCGAGAGACUGAAGGAGGCGCAACAUAUAAACAGAUCUUUGUCAGCAUUAGGAGAUGUUAUCUCUGCUCUUGCACAAAAGAGCUCACAUAUUCCUUAUAGAAAUAGCAAGCUUACCCAAGUAUUACAAGACUCAUUAGGUGGUCAGGCAAAGACAUUGAUGUUCAUGCACAUAAAUCCAGAGGCAGAUGCAUUUGGAGAAACAGUUAGCACCCUCAAAUUUGCUGAGAGGGUUGCCUCCAUAGAUCUUGGCGCAGCUCGUUCUAACAAAGAAACUGGAGAAAUCCGAGACAUGAAAGAAGAGAUCUCAAACCUUAAGCAAGUGUUGGAGAAGAAGGAAGCUGAACUUGAACUCCUAAAAAGUGGUGUAAAUGUUCGAGGGCAAGCAUCACCUCUACGAACGAUGAGACACAUUGGUAAUGGUAGCUUGAAAACGGAAGCAAAUCAGCGUCCUCUAGAUGACAUUAGAGAGGUAAGAAGCUGUUCAUCAGGUAAACAAAGGAGGUCUCAGUUUCCCUCGAAGUUCACGGACAAGGAUUUCAUGCCAAAAAUGCCCUUGCUGACAGAGGAAAAAUCAGCAGCCUCCUCCAUGAGGAGAUCACCAUCGCCACCUGUUAGAAGAUCAAUAUCAACAGAUAGAGGUGCUCAUGUCAGAAGCAGAAACAAGCCUGAAACACUUGAGAAUCAACCAGUAAUGAAACUGCCUUUUCCUGCUAGAGCUCCUGUCACUAUCAAUAAAUCUGGUAGCAAUAUACCGGCUAUUGUCUCUUCAGAUAAAACGAGAGGAUAUCAGAGUUCACGAGAGCAAUCCAGGCAGGAAAAUAUCUCUGAUGUUCUAUAUAGCCUCCAGAAGAUGAGCAACAGGAAAAUUCCAGAACAUGACGAGGAGCAGUUUAAGCAAGUGCUUAAUGUACGACAAGGUGCAAUCAGAAAAAGUAAAAACGAGAACAAGAUCAAAACCAAGCAUCAGUUAUCAACUAAAAUACAGAUUAAAUCAGAUGUUUCAGUGACCUUACUUUCUGAUGGAUGUCAUGGUGGAAUGAUUGACGAAGCUCAGAGAAGCGACGUUUCUGAGUCUGAAAAUGAGAAUGGAUUUGUUGGAUCCAAUAUAAGUGGAACCAUAAGGUUUGGUAAUGGAAAUCUUCCAAGAAGUUUAUCAAGGAACUCCCAAAAUGUUGAACGAGAAAUAUCACAAACAGUUGAAGCAUUUCUUGCUGGAAAAUAUGAAGACAGACCAUCAAGUGGCAAUAACAUGCUUCGAAAUGCUGAGGUAAACAACAAUUCAUUCAAUCCUGAAUUCAGGAAACCAGAAGAUAAACCUUCGAAUGCCAAUAGAAUUGCUCGGAAUUCAAAGGAAGUGAGCAACUCAUUGGCUCCAGAAUUGAGAAGAAGCAGAUCAACACCACGCGGAAAAUUUAUGUUUUUGGCCUGAGAGAAGUUCGAUAUUUAUAUACUACUCAUCAUUUGGAUCAACUAAUUUGGUAGUUCUUGUACAGCCACUUCAUGCAUUUUGGAGCAUGCCCCUCAUACUAUUUCAAAAAACUUGAGAUGGUUGAAGAUGUCAUUGAGGACUUCAACCAGUAAUGUAUCUUCAAACUUCAUUUGAAGUGAUAUAUAUCGCAGUUUAUUUAUAUACAAACUGAUAAAAACUUUAAAAUAUAUGUAAAAAAAAGUUGUAAUUUGCUUUGA